AUGUAUGGAGAGACACUACUGCUCGUGAGAAAAACAAACGAAAAGUCGCAGCGUAUGAAAACAGCUCGACUAAAAAGUAGGUUAGCAAAACAACAGGAAGUGGCCAAGAAAUUGGAGAAGAUUCUGCUCACACGGGCUCAGGAACAGCCUUAUCCUUUAGGGCACAAAUUGGACUUCCAAGCUAAUGCUGUAGAUUUUCAAGGACUACUGCAAUAUCUUGACGAUGCUUACAGCCAAGUUCAUGCAGUACUGGUUGCCAAUGGUUAUGCCCUUGAACAUCGUGCCACAGCGGAGGCUACAUGGAACUAUUUCAAGGAGCUUGAAGAAACACCGGGGAACACUAAUCUCGAUACGCCGAAUACAAUCAUCGAGUACUUCUCAGAGGAACUGGUCGCCGGUAAUUCGAGCACUGACGUAUGCAUCAAGCAGGUUGUACGUCGAUACGUGGAAGCUGAACGUGACAUUGUCGUCUGGGUGGCAUCAAUUGUACCUCUUGAUAUCGCACAAGAACUCUUCGGCGGUUUCACUUCCCGUCACCGAAGCUACGCUAUAAUCAAGCGAGCCAAAGCUUCAACACCUCAAUGCCAACUACCUUUGCUUCAGCUUAUUUCACAGAUCAUGCUGGACACGCAGACAGGUAUUGUUUCCGACCCCAAAUACGUCCGAGCACUCACCGAUUGUCUGCUGAAUGAUGCUGCACGAAACAUAAAGGCCGACCAACAGCUAAUUGAGAAUGUUCUUAUGGACCAAGUGCUACGGCCCUGA